AUGGAGUGUGGAAAGAGCUUCACACGGAAGACAACCCUUACUUUACAUCAGAGAACUCACACAGGGGAGAAACCUUUUAAAUGUGGAAUGAGCUACACUAAAAGUCAGUCACUUACAAGACACCACCGAACUCACACAGAGGAGAAACCAUGUAGAUGUAUGGAGUGUGGGAAAGGUUUCAGUGAAGGGGAGAAACCCUUUAAAUGCACAGAGUGUGGAAAGUUCUUCAGUGAGAGGGGAAGUCUUAAUAUUCAUCUACGGUCCCACACAGGGGAGAAACCAUUUAAAUGUAUGGAGUCGUGGGAGCCUAGCAGAGCGUUGCCCAGUCCUGUCCUGAAUCGAUCCCUCCCGGUGCCUCGCGCAGUUUCCCCCUGGGCAGGAAUCCCCGAGCGGCAAGGCCACGUAAGGGUUAAGGGGAGCGAGAGAGCCCGCGUGCCUAGAGCGGCCUGGGAAAGGCCCCUCUUCCGGUCCCGCCACCUCGUGUGGUCUCUUUCAGCUCGUCUUGGGAGGCCUCUGGGGCGGAACCUGCAGCUUCUGAGCUCCUCAGGAAGGACCAAAAAAGCUGAACCUACAAACCCAGAAAGGAUGGAAGGAGGAAGAUGGAAAACAAAGUUUACUUCUCACAAGCAAACUCACACAGGGGAGAAGCCAUUUCAAUGUAUGGAGUGUGGAAAGUGUUUCAUGUGGAAGCAUUACCUUACUAGGCACCAGCGAACUCACACAGGGGAAAAACCAUUUCAGUGUAUGGAGUGUGGGAAGACUUCCGCUGACAGUGGAAGCCAUGCAAAACAUUUACGAAUUCACACAGGGGAGAAACCAUUUAAAUGUAUGGAGUGCGGAAAGAGCUUCCGUGAAAGUGGAAACCUUAAAAAACAUCUACUAAUUCAUACAGGAGAGAAGCCAUUCAAAUGUAUGGAGUGCGGAAAGUGUUUCAGGAGGAAUAAGCACCUUACUAGACACCAGCAAACUCACACAGGGGAGAAGCCAUUUAAAUGUAUGGUGUGUGGGAAGACUUCCGCUGACCGUGGAACCCAUGCAACACAUUUACGAAUUCACACAGGGGAGAAACCAUUUAAAUGUAUGGAGUGUGGAAAGAGCUUCACAGGGAAGAAAAGCCUUACUUUACACCAGCGAAUUCACACAGGGGAGAAACCAUAUGAAUGUAUGGAGUGUGGAAAGAGCUUCACAGAGAAGAAAAGCCUUACUUUCCAUCAGAGAACUCACACAGGGGAGAAACCAUUUAAAUGUAUGGAGUGUGGAAAGAGCUACACUAAAAGUCAGUCACUUACAAGACAUCACCGAAUUCACACAGAGGAGAAACCAUAUAGAUGUAUGGAGUGUGGGAAAGGUUUCAGUGAAGGUAGAAAUCUUACAAGACAUCACCAGACUCACACAGGGGAGAAACCAUUUAAAUGUAUGGAGUGUGGGAAGACGUCCGCUGACAGUGGAACCCAUGCAAAACAUCUACAAAUUCACACAGGGGAGAAACCCUUUAAAUGCACAGUGUGUGGAAAGUGCUUCAGUCAGAGGGGAAGUCUUAAUAUUCAUUUACGGUCUCACACAGGGGAGAAACCAUUUGAAUGUAUUGAGUGUGGGAAGAGCUUCAGUCGAAGAGGAACACUUAGAAAACAUCAACAAACUCACACAGGAUAAAAAAGCAUUUAAAUGUGUGCAGUGCGAAAAGUGGUUCAGCUAGUAAUCACACCUUCACAUCAACAAAUUCACACCAGGAAGAAACCAUUUAAAUGCAUAGAGUGUGGAUAGAGCUUCGGUGAAAGUGGAAUGCUCAUAUUCAUCAGAGGAUUCAUAUAGGAGAAACAUUUUAAAUAUAUGGAGUGUGGAACAAUUUUCACUCACAUUUCACAAUUAUUACAUAAAAUACAGAGCCAUAAAAUUGUAGCAUGGGAAUGGACCCAAGGGACAACUAGUCCAACCUCCUGCAAUGCUAAAAUCUCAAUGGAAGAAUCCAUGACAGAUGGCCUUUGGAGAAUUUUAAGCAAAGGAGUUUGUUCCCCUGUUGAAAAGCUCUUACUGUCAGAAAGUUCUUCCUGAUGUUUAGUUAGAAUCCACACUUCAAUCAAUUUGCUAACCCCCAUCCUCUUAAAAUGAGAGCUAAUCUGAUCAUGCGUAGUUUUUGCAUUUUGAAGUUUAAUAAGCUUCACGAUCAAUAAUACUGACUGAUGUACGGUGUUAAAUAUGUAUAGGAUGUGGUGUUUGAAUGAAUUGUAUUUGAAAUGAUAUAAAGAGAAGUUACAGGUAGGUAACCAUGUUGGUCUGACGCAGUCAAAAUAAAAAUAAAAAAUCCUUCCAGUAGCACCUUAGAGACCAACCAAGUUUGUCAUAGGUAUGAGCUUUUGUGUGCAUGCAGACUUCUUCAGAUACACUGAAACAGAAGUGUGCACGCACACGAAAGCUCAUACCUAUGACAAACUUGGUUGGUCUCUAAGGCAGCGUUUCUCAACCACUGUUCCGUGGCACACUAGUGUGCCGCGAGACGCUGGCUGGUGUGCCACGACAUGCCGCGACAGAAGGGCGAUUUGCAUUGUCACGUGUUUGGCGGCCGCCAAUAAUCAACACUGACCCACCGGAAAGCAAUAUUUCUCCUCCUCUUUCCCAAAGCUCAGUGCAAACGAGCCUGGCGGCCGCCAAUAUACAACAAUGACCCGCCGUAAAGCAAUAUUGGGCAAGUGUUUCUUACAGUCAUAAUUAUAAUAUAGGGCGGCACAGAAUUAAAUUUUUUAACUUUUUAAAUGGUGGUGUGCCUCGUGAUUUUUUUCACGGAACAAGUGUGCCGUGGCCCAAAAAAGGUUGAGAAACACUGCUCUAAGGUGCUACUAGAAGGAUUUUUUAUUUUUAUUUUGAUAUAAAGAGAAGUUUGCAUUAGACAGGAGAGGUUUGUCUGCAACAAAUUGUGGGAUGUUUCUGUUUUGAGGGUUUUGGCUAAAUCAGGGUUUCCCAGACUUGGGUCUCCAGCUGUUUUUGGACUAGAGUUCCCAUCAUUCCUGACCACUGGUCCUGCUAGCUAGGGAUGAUGGGAAUUGUAGUCAAUAAACAGCUGGAGAACCAAGUUUGGAAAACCCUGGGCUUAAUGGUGACUCAUUGCCUGAAACCCGAGUGGUCUCUUUUGGCAGAAAAUGGAAGCCGAGAACUCAAUGGAGCAAUGUAUUAGUUUGUAUGUUUGUAAGCUUUAUUUUCAGGUCUGUUAAGACUAUUCUGCAGUAAAGCUUUGAAACACAUCCUUUGUAGUGCAGACUAAUUGUUUUCUACUCUACACACGGUCUGUAUCAGGGAUACCUCUCUUAGAGCAACUGUCACCAUUUCUCAGCCCAACCCACCUCACGGGGUUGUUGCGGCUAUAAAAUGUAGAGGGGGAGAGAAGUGUCAAUCUUUCACAAGAGCAUUUGAUGACAAUCUGUCAACAUAACCAGAUCUGGUGCUUCUGUGGGGGAUCGGGAUCCUCCCCACACCUUAUCUGGUUUUUUAUUGGCAGGAAUUCCAAUUGGGAUUCAGACCUCAUCAUGGGACAGAAACUGCCUUGGUUGUGCUGGUCAACCACAUAACACUGGUCUCCAUAGCUGCCAAGUCUCCCGUUUUCCCCGGGAAACCCCCGUUUUUAAAGCCAUUUCCCGCUGUCAUCCCGUAUGGAGAAAUAUCCCGUAAUUAUCCCGUAAUUUUUUUUUUUUUUUGCAAACCGAGCCAGGAAGUGUGCGUGCGAGUAUCACUCUUUACUUUUUCCUAUCUCUAUGGACACCCAAAGUUGCAAACAGAGCCAGGAAGUGCGCGUGCAAGUAUCACUCUUUACUUUUACUUUUCCUAUCUCUAUGGACACGCUUGCUCGGUCUUCCCGGGAGCGGCACUGCCUCCGCGUUUCCUUUUGCAGGAGCGUGUGGCGAUUCUUUCACUUGUCCUCCCGCCAAGCGCAUUUCCUUCCUAGUC